AUAGUGUAAGACUGAUAUCAAAUAUUUCUUGUCGCAAUGGUGGAAUAAUUUACGCCAUGCGCGUAUCACGUUUUUCAUUAUUCCAUUGAAAAUUGGCGUUGAACAUUUUGAAGAUUUAAUGUACCAAUACAUUAUUGAUUAGAAUGAUUUUGACGAGCCAAAUCUUCCUGAAUAAUUUUAUUACUUAUACAGUAUUUUCGAAUCUGUAAUACAGUCUGCACUCCAGCCAGUCUUCGUCGUUCACACUUAUUUUGUGUGUGACCCAUGUGGUAGUCCCAAUCCGUCAAUGUGUUUGAUUUUCUUCGUUUUUGCGUAUAAUUUAUUUUGUAAUCCCUCUAAAACAGUCACUUCUUCAAUUGCGUCCUAAAUUUAUUACUCAAUCUCGGAAAAAAAAGGCAGAAGCAGUUGGAGUGUGCUGUGCUUUUGAAAUAAAUGAGGGAUGAGUGUGGCACGAAAAUGAUUGUGGUUGAAUCACGAAUAAAUUUACGAUGCACAUUGGAUUGUGGAUUAUGGAGUGCCCUAUGAAUGGAUAUGAAGUGAUGUGAGCAGUUUGCUUUUUCCAGUGCAGCCGCAUAAAUUCUAACCAUCCAAUUUCUGAGAUUACGUCUAUUUUCUGAAUUUGGACACUCAUGCACCGUUCCUAGGUUAUUGCCAAUCUUACCCGGAUCUUUCAGCACCUAGGCUGAUCAUUCAGGCUAAUGGAUGGGGAGUUUUUCUGCGAUCAUGAGAGAAAAUUCGGUUUGAAUCAACUUGAUCUUGAUCCCACGUUGGUGGUCAGUGAAGAGCACUAACAUUUCCGUCUGUUGAAUAUUCAACACUUCAUUGGUGACUUCGAUUCGAUUCCUAUGAUGUCGAUUCAGGUAUGAAGUGUGAUUGUUUUUCUGUGUGCUGCUAGAGAUUUUGUUCCUGUGAAGAUGUUGAGAUAUUUGUUGAGGCUUCGGCUGUUUUUCAUAAGCUUCGUGAUAACUUGUACCGUGGGCAUUCUGUUUCUUUCGGAUGAAACGAAUGUUCGUACUGCGACACGAUCUCCAGGAGCACAGGAGAUAAAUGUUCCGAACAAGAAGCUGGUCUUCGUGGGGAUUAUGACGACGGUCAACUUUUUACGAACGAGGGCUGUGGCUGGUGUCGAAACUUUUUUGUCUGUCUUGCCUCAUGGGGUUGAGUACAUGUAUUUCGUACCAGAAGGAGCGCUCGCAAGAAAGAACUUCUCUGUACCCAUGAAUGUGUACGAAUUGAAAGGAGUAGAUGAUACGUAUCCACCGCAGAAGAAAGCCCUCGCAAUGUUUUAUUACAUGUGGAAAAUACAUGGUAAUGGAUUCGAUUGGUUUGUCCGACUGGAUGAUGACGCUUAUUUGAAUGCUGUGGAGUUACUGAAGCUUCUUCGGUCACUGAAUCCAAAUGAGCCGCACUUGAUUGGGCAAGGAGCCACGGGCCGAAAAGAAGAAGCGGGUAGUUUAUUUCUGGGUCCAGGUGAUAACUAUUGCAUGGGAGGCACGGGCAUAAUCUUCUCGCGGAAAACAGUGGCUGAAGUUGCUCCAAAUGUGUUCGAGUGUGCUAAUAAUUUACGAACAUUCCAUGAGGACAUCGAGUUGUGCCGUUGUGUCAAGCAGUUCUCAUCGACGAAUCUUUCUUGCACGAAAUCAUCCGAGACAAAAAAGCUGUUCCUGCAUAAUUAUGGGGGUGAGCAGGCAUUCACUGGAGAUUUAGAAGCGAUGCAAGAUCUGAACCGCGCCAUCACAAUUCAUCCGCUGAAAAAAGCCGAAUUAUUUUACAAGAUCCACGCGUACAUCACGAGGUUGAACAUGCGUCGGAUCCACCAGGAGAUGGCCGCAGUAAAACGCGAUACCAAGGCUAUUCUUACGCUGAUGAGUGGAAAACCGGCAUCGUAUGAAGACAUGAAGAGAAUAACAUACGUUCAGCUUUUGCCUGAUGGAACGAACUUCGCUCCGUGGGAACUCAUAGCUGAUCGCCGAAUCUACGCUGCUGGUCCUCAAGUAGACUUUCCGCGACGAGGUCUGGAUCACAGGUCCAAAACGGGGAUAGAUGCUGCCAUUUUUCAACUAGUUUCUUCCAUGGAUUCUCUACCAAAUUUGAAGCGCCGUCAUUUGAAACGAACGAUACGAUUCCGCCGACUGCACUACGCAUAUCGGCGAUAUUCGACGCUGAAUGGAGUGGAUUACAUCCUUGAUGUUGUAUUGGAUUACAAAAAAAUUGGUCGCAAAUUCAAGAAAGAUCAGAAGAAGGAUUUCUCUGUGCGAAGGCAUUCUUAUGUGCGAGUACCGUUUUUAGGACUUCGCAUUUGGCCGAAGUUCAGAAAUCAAACGGAAGUCAAAAGAAAGGAAACGGUGAACUUCAUUUUGCCGCUGAAAGGAAGAAUCGAUACGUUCAGCAGAUUCUUGAGGAACUGGGAUUCUACUUGUAAAGUUGAUCACGUAACAGGAACAAGACCGUGUACCCUCACUAUUGUUUUUUACCAUGACGCGAAGGCCUCAACAUUGGAUGGAUGGAAUGAAAAAACUGCAGUAGAACACUUGACUUCGCUAUACAAUAAUCGAGCUGAUUCUCCGGACAUCAGGUUGGUGACAGUGUCCGAUAAAAAGUUUUCUCGAGGAGAAGCCCUCGAAAUCGGCGCCGCUGCGGCUAUGGACGAUGAUCUCCUGUUUCUCAUCGAUGUUGACAUCAUGGUCUCACCGGAGGCCGUUGAUCACGUCAGGUUCAACACGGAGUUGGGGAAGCAAGUUUGGUUCCCAAUAACUUUUUCGGAAUACGAUCCGAGUUUCGCUGGUGUAGACGACGACGAAUCCAGUUUCGGCGACGAAAGAGGAUUUUGGCGGAAGUACGGGUUUGGAAUCGUUGGCAUUUACAAGAAAGACUUGGUUGCUGUUGGUGGGUUCGACAGAACCAUCAGUGGCUGGGGGAAGGAAGACGUAGAUUUAUUCAGUCGAAUUGCUGGGACAAAGAGCUUAACUGCGAUGCGUGCUCCGGAUCCGGGGCUUGUGCACGUCUUCCAUAAAAUCAACUGUGACCCGCAGUUGGCGAAAGAUCAGUUGAAAAUGUGCCUUGGAACAAAAGCCAUAGCGUUAGCGUCUGUGAAGAGGCUUCAUGAGCUUAUUAGGAGCCAAAAUGUUUCGUGA